GGAUGAGAGUGGAGGCAUGGGUGAAAACGGCCGUGCUCAACCGAGGAUUGGCCUCUGCGCACAGUUUGGCAGAGGUAAAAAAAAAAGAUCGGGUAACUUAGGGACUAGACCUGAGGCACCCCGUGGCUGUUUAAGGUUUUUUGCUGGAAGCGGUGACAAAGAUGACUCUGUUCUCGGUGGAGGAGGGAGGCGAUCACCGCCAGGCUCCAACAAAGACUUUUUUGAAUACCGGAGGAACGAGGGAAGACGAAGGGGAAGGAUGGGCAAGAGAAGGAUCUCGGUUGUGGAACAGAGACAUAACCCCACAUUGCAUACCGGCAUUUCUUGAACCAGUUCCCUUUCUUCUUCUCCUCCCCCGUCGCCAGCCAGAAAAGAAGAGAAUGAAUUUGAUCCGCCCGUUGCUCGUCCAGCAGACCCGCCGGCUGUCCUCGUCUUCGUCCUUGUCUUCGUCCGUUAUUUCUUCCGCACCUCUUUUCUCCCUUUCUUCUCGAUCCUCCUCUUCUAUUUCAACCCGCUUUCCUUCUUCUUCUUCUUCUCUCCUCACACAUCGCACUCUUCUCCCCCUUGUAACCCGCACCGCAUACUCCACAAUGUCUACCCACAAGCUGUGCAUGAUCCCUGGUCCCAUUGAGUUCCACGAGGAUGUUCUUCAGGCUAUGGCCACCCCUUCGACCUCGCAUGUCGCCCCCAACUUCAUCCCUGUCCUCGGCGAAUCGAUCGAGCUCUUGCGCCAGAUCCUCUUCACCUCUGGACAGCCCUUCAUCAUCGCUGGAUCUGGCACUCUCGGCUGGGACAUGACUGCCUGCAACUUGAUCGAGGCUGGUGAGGAUGUCCUUGUUUGCAACUCUGGCUAUUUCGGCGACCGCUUCGGCGAGUGCUUGGAGACUUAUGGCGCCAAGGCCACGCACGUCCGCGUCCCCGUCGGUGAGGCCCCUCAGUUGGCUGCUGUCGCUGCUGCCUUGAAGGGCAAGAAGUACAAGGCUGUUACCAUCACCCACGUUGAUACGUCGACCGGUGUUCUCUCGGACAUCAAGGGCAUUGCUGAGGUCGUCCGUAAGGAGUCCCCCGAGACCCUCGUUGUCGUCGACGGUGUCUGCUCUGUGGGUUCAGAGGAGAUCCGCAUGGACGCCUGGGGCAUCGAUGUCGUCAUCACUGCUUCACAGAAGGCCCUCGGUGCUCCUCCCGGUCUCUGCGUCUUGGGUGUCUCUGAGCGUGCCAUCGGUGUCUUCAAGGCCCGCAAGACACCUGUUGCCAACUACUACGCCAACUGGAACCGCUGGUUGCCCAUCAUGAACGCAUAUGAAGCCCGCAAGCCCUCGUACUUUGCCACCCCCGCUGUCCAGAAUGUCUUUGCUCUCCACGUCUCCUUGAAGCAGAUCGUCUCCCAAGGUGUUGAGAAGCGCUUCGCUGUCCACAAGGAGGCCUCGGCUAAGGCCAAGAAGUUCAUUCAUGACCUGGGCUUGAAGCUGGUUCCUACUUCUUUGGACCAUGCUGCCAACGGCAUGUCGGCUGUCUAUUACCCCGAGGGCGUUACUGCCGUGGAUCUGCUGCCCAAGUUGGCUGCCCACGGCAUCGUUGCUGCCGGUGGUCUCCACCUUGACAUCGCACUCAAGUACUUCCGUAUCGGACACAUGGGCAUCUCUGUGACCGAGCCCGAGCGCGGCCACUUGGAUGCCACUUUGAACGCUCUCAAGGCCUCGCUGGCUGAGUGCGGUUACAAGGGCGCCCUGUAAAUGUAGUAGCGUCUGUGCCCAUUUACCGUUGUAAUUAUCAUCUCCUCUCCCAAUUCUAGAAUGAUAGCAAGGCAUUGGCUUGUUCUCUCUUGUAACAUCAACGAAAAAAAAAAAAAACUUUAAUAAAGAACCUGCUCCCCGGUGACGUGGGAUUAGAGCUCUUUGACUGGUCUUUCCUUUUC